AUGGCAAAAGUCUUACCUAUAUUCAAAAAUGGCGAAAAAUGUGAUGUAAGUAAUUAUUGUCCAAUUUCAAUUAUAUCGGCGGUUGCCAAAGUUUUUGGUAGAACCGUUUAUGACCAAUUUUACUCCUAUCUGACAAGUAACAACUUACUGUCGAACUAUCAGUCAGGGUUUCGAGCAUCAUAUAGUACCGUUACAGCUUUAUUAGAGUCGACUAAUAACUGGUGCGUAAAUAUUGAUAAGGGUUUGCUUAACGGAGUGAUCUUCAUUGACCUCAAGAAAGCUUUCGAUACCAUUGAUCACGAAAUUCUUAUACGUAAACUCAAGUGUUAUGGUGUGGAUGAAAAUGCGCUAUCGUGGUUUAAUUCCUAUUUAAACAAUCGAAAACAGAAAUGA